AUAAUUAACGACAUCUUGCUAAAAAAUGGUGGUGAAAGAUAAACAAGCAGUGAAGUAGAAUCUGCUCAGCUGUGUAUGAGCUUCAAAAUCGGUGUCGCCGUUAAACAAAACGCCAUUACAUUGUAACGGAAGACGAUGACCACAAGAGACAUCGCAGAAAUACAGGCUUUAUAAACAUUUACGUGAUAUUUACCGAAAAUUAGUAAAUCUAAGUCAGUAAAGCGAUUGAACGGCCAUUGAAAAGCUAACAGUGCUAACGGGAAGUUAGCUAGCUAGCUACAGAUUAGCUAAACAGACGCUUCGGCUUUCCAGAGAAAGCGACGGUGUAUUUUUUUAUAUUAAAGACGUUUUUGGCCGUUUUUUUUUUAAUUUUCCGCGUGUCUAAGACUCAUAGCGAUGGCUUGUGGAGCUACAUUGAAGAGGACGAUGGAUUUCGACCCUUUACUGAGUCCUGGGUCGUCGAAGAGGAGGCGAUGCGCCCCGGUGUCUCAGGCAGCAACCCCGAGAAAUUACCUUCGUCAAGAGCCGAGUCCGUUCAGCCAGCAGCUCUCAGUCACACUCACAGCAGAGCAAAUUCUUCAUAACAUCAAGCAAGAAUACAAGCGCAUGCAAAAGCGAAAGCAUUUGGAUGGAAGCUUUCUGCAGCCCGAGGCUUCAUCUUUCAUGUCCCAGUCUCACGCAUCUCUUCUGACUGGAUCCAGUUUUCAAGAGACAUCCUCUGGAGCUGUUUCGCCCACACGGAGAGAACAGCCACUGUUCACUUUAAAACAGGUUGGCAUGCUAUGUGAGCGUCUUUUAAAGGAACGUGAAGAUAAAGUCAGAGAAGAAUAUGAGGAGAUCAUGACAUCCAAGUUGGCAGAACAAUACGACACUUUUGUGAAGUUCACACACGAUCAAUUAAUGCGGCGAUUUGAAGAACAGCCUGCUAGCUAUGUGUCUUGAGAUCACCAGUGCAAUGCCAAGAUGCUGUUUGCUGCGGUUUACUGAGCUGAAUGUCCGCUGAUUCUACCACAGACCUGGUUUGAUAUAAAAACUGCUCCAGUGUCACUCAUGCUGACAGCAGCUGUCUUUAGAAUUUGUCAGUACAUAUAUUGUUCCUUGUGAACCUGGGUGCUUCCUCUCGUAAAUGUAUACGGACCUUUUAUGUCUGUUUAUUCUACCAGUGGCCUACCUAUAAUCUGUAUCAUGAGCCUUUUCUUGCAUUCCGCAAUGUAUCCAUACAGAUACUGCAAUGCUUUAUUUUCUGGUCCUUUCACAUGUGCAUAGACGUUAGUAUGGAUGGAAAUACAAAAUGUUGAAUACCUCUUUGCGAGUAUUGAGUGCUGCACAGCUUACAGUUUAUCCUUCUUAUACAAAGCUUGAUAGAAUGUUCACUAGCCAAACUAAGUGCAGCCAGAAGAUUAAACUUCACAUCACUGGGACUCGAUAAAGCUGUUCUGUUCUAUACAUUGAGCUCAUGAUAUGUUGCAUCAAUCAGUUAGAGCUUUUUUUUUUUGUUUUCUUUUGCUUUCCUUUGUAUUUGUAUAGAUCAGGGGUGUCAUGCUCUGGUAGAGGGCCACAAAGUUCAGUGUUUAGAGUUUACCUCAGUUAAGAGACAUGAUUCAACUCAUCUAAUUAGCAGAGCCUUAAUGGGCUAAAACUGGUGUGAAGGACUUGAGAUUGACACCCUGGUGUACAUUAAAGCAUUUUAUUAAUAAAGACUUGUGUGUAUGUAA